UUUUCGUCCCUGAGUUUUCUCUCCAACUCUCCUGCUCCCACCAGAAAAAAAUCUUCCAGCCCAACCAGCUGAACUCUGUGCCUUGAUAUUACCCUCCUCUUCACCCUUCUAUAAAACUGAACGUUUCGCCUCGGGUUUUCCUGUUUUGCUCUUGGCAUCAGUCUAACUGUUGGGUCAAAAUUUUCUAAUUCGAGUCCCACCAAACAAACAUUCUCUCUGACUGUCUAACCUCAGUUCUGCUAAACUUUGGGGGAUCUUUUUUUUUUAAACCCUUGUUACAUUCAUCUGAACCAAUGACUUUCAAACUUUAUAUGUCUUUUAAUUUUUUCCAGUGGAACCACUGAUUCAGAUGAAAUCUUACACUCAGUGCAUAAAUCAGUUAUAAGAACUCUGGUGGGAGUGGGGUCGGGGAGUUGGGCAUUUACAAGUGGACUCCAAAGUCCACUCCCAGCGAUUCCGUAACUGCUAGCUAAACCUCCCGCUGCCGAAAUGCCCCUCUCUAAACCUGGAUUCCUCCAGGGUGCGCUUUAGCUUAGCGCACCAUGCGCUCCUCACCGCAAGUUUCUCCCCUCUUCCCACGGUGUUCCACGCCAGGUCCUGCCAUGGAGCUGCGCUCCGAGUUGCCCAGCGUACCCGGCGCGGCGACGGCGGCUGCGACAGCGACGGGCCCGCCCGUGGCUUCGGUGGCGUCGGUGGCAGCGGCGGCGGCAGCGGCCGCUUCGCUACCUGUGAGCGUGGCGGGCGGCUUGCUACGAGCGCCGCCGCUGUUGUUGCGGGCUGCGGAGAAGUACCCGCGGACCCCCAAGUGCGCGCGCUGCCGCAACCACGGCGUGGUGUCUGCGCUCAAGGGCCACAAGCGCUACUGCCGCUGGAAGGACUGCCUGUGCGCCAAGUGCACGCUCAUCGCCGAGCGCCAGCGCGUCAUGGCGGCGCAGGUGGCGCUGCGCAGGCAACAGGCGCAGGAAGAGAACGAGGCGCGCGAGUUACAGCUCCUCUACGGCACUGCCGAGGGCCUGGCGCUGGCCGCCGCCAACGGCAUCAUCCCGCCGCGACCCGCCUACGAGGUCUUCGGCUCUGUGUGCGCCGCCGACGGCGGGGGGCCGGGAGCGGGAGCGCCCGCGGGCACCGGAGGCGGCGCCGCGGGCGCAGGGAGCUCAGAGGCCAAGUUACAGAAGUUUGACGUAUUCCCCAAGACGCUGCUUCAGGCAGGCCGCGCAGGCAGCCCGCAGCCGCCGCCGGGAAAGCCCUUAUCGCCCGACGGCGCGGACUCUGGUCCCGGGACAUCGUCCCCAGAGGUGCGAGCGGGCUCGGGCUCGGAGAACGGCGACGGCGAGUCCUUUUCUGGGUCGCCCCUGGCCCGGGCCUCCAAAGAGGCAGGUGGCAGCUGCCCAGGCAGCGCUGGCCCCGGAGGCGGCGGCGAGGAGGACAGCCCAGGAUCCACCAGCCCUCUGGGUUCAGAAUCCGGUUCCGAGGUCGACAAAGAAGAGGCAGAGGCCGCUCCCGCGCCCGGGCUGGGCGGGGGCCCGGGUCCACGGCAGCGGACGCCGCUAGACAUCUUGACGCGCGUCUUCCCGGGCCACCGGCGGGGUGUCCUGGAGCUAGUGUUGCAGGGCUGCGGCGGCGACGUGGUGCAGGCUAUCGAGCAGGUGCUGAACCACCACCGCGGGGGCCUGGCGGCCGGCCUCGGCCCCGCCGUGCCCCCCGAUAAGGCCGCGGUGGGGGCAGUAGUAGCAGCGGAUGACGCGUGGCCUGGCCGCGUCGACGCCGCGGCCGCUGGGGGGCCGGGGCUGCCCGCGCCGCUGCAGGCGGGCCCAGCCGCACCUCCGCACCACAGACCUUUGCUGGCCGGCGCCAUGGCGCCUGGGGCGCUGGGCUCGCUGAGCAGCCGCUCGGCCUUCUCGCCACUGCAGCCCAACGCCAGUCACUUCGGCGCCGACGCGGGCGCCUACCCGCUGGGCGCGCCGCUCGGCCUCAGCCCCCUGCGCCUGGCCUACUCGGCGGCGGCGGCGCACAGUCGCGGCCUGGCCUUCAUGGCUCCCUACUCCACCGCCGGCCUGGUGCCCACACUCGGCUUCCGCCCGCCCAUGGACUACGCCUUCAGUGAUCUCAUGCGCGACCGCUCGGCCGCCGCCGCUGCUGUGCACAAGGAGCCGACCUACGGCGGCGGCCUGUACGGGCCCAUGGUCAAUGGCGCCCCUGAGAAGCAGUAGGGCGAGCGGCCCGGCAGUCGGGCGGCCCCCAAACAGGGACCCCAGGCUUGCCCCGCGGGCUGCCGGCCCGUCUUUGCCUGGUGCGCUCUCUGCGCCCCGGCUGGGAUCCUCUCGCUCCAAGGUGGUUUUCAGUUUUGUUUUGGACGGUGGGUGGGGAGAGCUGAGCAAAGAGGAGCAGCUUCAGAUGCAGAUGUUCUCGGAGGGGAUGUGAGACCCCCAUCCUCGUCCCGCGACCCUAUCAAGGCUCCCCAUCCCUUCAGAAGGCCGGGAAUUCUUGAGAAUUCAGAGGCUGCAGCCGCUGCGCAAGCUCCUGCCUCUCCUGUCGCUAUGCUCGUCACACCUGCCCGCGCUCCCGAAUGGUUGGCAGGAUAGUCCGAGAGUCUGUCUUCUGUGUCUCCCCCUCCCUUAAAAAAAAUUUUAAUAUUCGCUCUAACAAAUAUAAAUUUAGGAUGUAUAAAUCUCUUGGCACUGAGUUGAGUCUUUGGGACACACAUAUAUAUCGAUAUCAAAUUGUGAAAAAAGAAAAAAGGAAACAAGUUCUAAGGUGCACUUUCCUCGUUGCGGUAUUUGUCGCUCUCUUUGUUGCUUAUGCCGAUAAGCAUGGGUUUCCUUGGUGCAGUGUGAGUUUUUAUAUAUGUAUAAAUCUAUAUAUAAACUAUACAUAUAUAUACAAGCCAGUGUAUAAUGUUAUAAAAUGGAAUUCUAAGUUAUUAAUCUGUAGGUGACCUCGGUAUUAACGUGAAAAAUAUUCAAAAACAAGCAAAAAAAAAGGACAAAACGGAAAAAAAUUAGACUAUGCGUGCAUUGUACUUAUCAGGUUUAUAGAUUAAAUAUAUUGUAAACCCGAGAUGAAUCCUGCCCACCCGCCCCUCUUGCCUGCGGCCUGUCUCUCCCUAAGGAGCGGUCUAGGUGCGCACUGCAGCAGGAACAGAGUGACCCGUGACUGAGCCGGAACCGCCCGCCGGAGGGCCCAUCCCCGCCUCGCGGGACUCGCCAGGCACCUCGGCCGAAGGGCCGGCAGCGGGAAACGCUGCUGCAGAGAAUGGCUCACUUUGUGCUUUCCUUUGCCUAGACAUGAGCUAGAAAUAAAUGUUAUUUUCUA